AUGAGGCCUGACGAGGGGUCGAUCAACCUGGGUUCAAUCGAUGUUCGGUCUUCGAGGCCUCCGGUGAAGGAGGACAAGGUUGACCGCGACAAGCGGCGAGAGUCCAUUGAAAAGCAGAAGUCCGCAUUGGACUUAAAAAAGAAAAAGGAGAAGAAGAAGAAUCUCGAGCGCCAAGCGCUGGAGACGCGCCGAGCGAAAUCCAGACAAAGGGGGGAGCCUGAGGAAGAAUCCCUCGAUGAGGACGAUGGCGGCGAUGGCGAUGACGACAGUGACGACUCCAAGGGGAUGGCAUCUCGUCUCGACAGGAUCCUCGAAGGUCCAUCUCGAGUCGACGUAGACGCCCCGCCGACAGAUGCACCAAAGGAGGGGUCAAGCGGGUCUCUUGAGAGGCGACAGAGGGAGUCGUCCCCUCGUUGCUCCCGUGCUGAUACCCCUCCCGCACCUAUGCGAGGUCUGUCCGUCCCGCGCUCCCAACCUCCCCCUGCGUCGAAGGCGGGUGAUCGGGCUAAGCCCCUGGCGACGGGGCCAUUGACCCGUGGCCGCGUCGCGGCCUCCGGCAAGGGGGAAGCGAGUCGUAGGAGUGGCAGCCCUAGCGCUCGCCUGGUGGGGGCUGCCGAGCCGAGGCCUGCGCCCGCUCGUGAGGUGCCUGGUUCGAGACCUGCCGGUCGAGGUACCGGCAGGCGGGCCGUUCUCCCUGUGGGGCUGAAGCGAACGCUCGAGCAGGCCCAGCCCUCGAUGGCAAAAAGACUUAAGGCGGGAGUGGCCUCCAAAGAAUCAGGUUCCUCCGACCCUCGACCGCCGACUGGUGCCGAGAGCGCCCUGCCCCGUCCCCUGGUGGGUGAGUCCACCCCACCGCCGCCGAAACGGGUCGAGGCGCCUCGCCCACAAGAGCAGGAGGAAGCCCCCGAGCCCACCCGUUCUGGGGUUGAGGGGGAUCCUAUCACAAUAAGCGAUGGAUCUGGCGGCAACGGGCCUUCGAAGGACGCCUGCCCUAUGGGUGAGGGGGCCGAGACUUCUCUCAUCGCGAAGCGGACGUCCUGGCCCGUCGGGCUUCGCUCCGUCGAGGAGCAGAGGAAGAAGGAGGAAGAGGAGCGUGAGCAGGCAACGCGGCCACCACCGCGGGAUGUGCAGCGGCUCCAGCAGAAAGCAGGAGAGGAGGACCAGCAGCCAGAAGGUCCCAGCUCGAGGAGCUGCUGGAGCAGGACCGGCAACAGGAGCUGCGGGAGCUCCAGGAGCAGCAGCAGCAGAGGGGAGAAGCUCCUCAAAGCUUACAAGGAGCUGUUGGUGCUUGAGGAGGAGAAGGAGAGGGAGGCCGCUCUGUCGGAAGCUCGGGAGGCCUCAAGAAAGGCGGUGGAUGAGGCCGCGCUGCUGAGGGAGCGAGCCAUGAUAGUCGAGGAGGCUGCGUCCAAGGCUCGAGAGGAGGCCCUGUCUUACAGGGAAACGGCCACUAAUCUGAGCAAGGAGAAGGGACACCUCGAGACUGACCUUGCUUCCGCCCGAGAAACCUUUCAGAAGAUGAAGGUGGAGUGCGUGAAUAGCGAGGUCGCCCGGAGCACCGCGGAGGAGGCCAAAAAGAAGGCUCUUGAGGAUCUCGAGGCUGAGCGGACUCGAUCUCGCAGCCUCUCUGACGACGUCGACCGUCUGAAGAGAGCGCUACUGGAGAAGGAUGGAGCCAUUGCGCAGGCCGGUAAGGUGAUCGAGGACCUGCGCGUCGCCAACACCGAGCUGGUGCGCUCAAACAAAGAGAUUGAGAGGGCCAACACCAAGUUGGUGGGCGAGAAUACGCCUCUGGAGGAGAGCACUCACGAUACGUUUUCUAUUGUUGAGUUUUCUUUUUGA